AUGUCAUCAAGCAACACACCAAGUCCUCAGCCAUACGCUACAGAAUCAUCGCAACAGAUAAUGAAGCCACAGCCAAAGUGGUUCCAUCUUUACAAAUACUUGUCUUCCACAUCAAACAACAAAGUUUUCAUCGAUCCAAAUGGUGUCGGUCAUUUCAACUCAAUGACUUGGGAGCCUCCCUGUGAACUUUUAGACUCGGGCAAGACCUAUUUACUCAAAUUCGAAAUACCUGGUAUCGACAAGAAAACUUUAUCUCUCCAAUUCAAUAACAACUGGAUCACAGUCGCUGGUAACAAAGAGAUGCCAAAGCAAGAAGGAGAUUUUUGCUUCACAGAAAUACUCUAUGGACAGUUUAGAAGAGAAGUUCCUGUUCCAAUCGAUGCAAGUAAAGAUGGAAUAAAAGCCUUUUAUAAUGAAGGCAUUCUCUAUGUGAAACUUCAAAAGCUCUCAGAGUCUGAAUGGGUGAAUGUGGAAAUUAAGUAA